GGCAGGGCCCCGCCGACGGGGCGGCGCGGCCGGGCGGUGCCCGCGUCCCUCCCCAGCGCGGCCGGGCGCAGGGAGGCCGUGCCGUCACCAUGCUGCGCCCCAAGGCCCUCACCCAGGUGCUGAGCCAGGCCAACACCGGCGGGGUCCAGAGCACCCUGCUCCUGAACAACGAGGGCUCCUUGCUGGCCUAUUCCGGCUACGGGGACACGGACGCCCGCGUCACCGCGGCCAUCGCCAGCAACAUCUGGGUGGCCUACGACAAGAACGGGCACCAGGCGUUCAACGAGGACAACCUCAAGUUCAUCCUCAUGGACUGCAUGGAGGGCCGGGUCGCCAUCACGCGCGUGGCCAACCUGUUGCUGUGCAUGUACGCAAAAGAGACCGUCGGAUUCGGGAUGCUGAAAGCCAAGGCGCAGGCUCUCGUCCAGUACCUGGAGGAACCGCUGACGCAGGUGGCCGCAUCCUGAGCACCGUCCCGGCACCGUCUGCGCCCGUCCCCUCCCGGGAGCCGACGUGGGAGGACGGGAGCCGUCCCCGGGCGCCCGCCCGGCGCUUCGGACCGCCGUUAAAAUAAUGGGAGCGGGAGGGAAGAGGGGAAUAAAAGUGUGGCUGAUGCUCGUG